UUGCGUGUUUAGUGAAGAAAAAAAUACGCCCAAAAUUGAAGUUUUCAAAACCACCUCUUAUGGCAGGCCAGAAUAACAGGCAAGGUAGGGUUAUGACAACGUUAAAGGAAAAAACUUAAAACAUGUUUCCAGGAGUUUUCAUCCAAAAUGGCGCCUGGAAAACACUAUUACAACCCAAGAAUCGAAAAUAAGCGAUAUACGACUUACCCUACACUAGACCCCCUUUCUGGGUAGGACCACGCCUAGCAGAAGGCAUUUUGGAGAAGUGUGAAAACUGUGAUCUAAGCAACGGUAGAGAAAGAAAGCCUAAUAUUAUGAAUCAGGCGUAGUCUUUAAUGCAGGAGCAAUGAUUUAAAAAACCCCGCCAGGGCGAUGAACGUCAGGACUAGCCGUAAACGUAAGUUAUUCUGCCGUCUUCAAAGUGCAUCUGAAGGUUAGCGGCGACGCAUAUUUAUUUGACUUUGAGGAAAACCAGACUCGAACGCCAAUAUAUAAAUACUGUUCAGAAUUCUACUGAAAAAUACCUUUCCGAUGGUAUACUUGACUGACUCCAGGGCGAGGAGUGACUCAAGUAUACAAUUACCGAAUUUCGAUUACUUUAACCUCUGACAUUGCCUACUUUCAACUAAAAUUUUACUCGCCACCUUCCCCCGAAUCAAAUAAGCCAAAGGGCUUCGAAAACGACAGAAAAAUAACGAUUCUACGGCCAAAAGACACAAAUAUGUCGCUUAUUUUGGAAACCUCCCUUUACGUUUGCAUUCCUCUCCAGUUUACUGUAGUGAGCCUUGCGUAUGCUAUGUACGUCUCUGCUGCGGCGCAAUGGACUGAUCAGCCGGCUUCAUCCAAGCAGUUCAACAUUCGCGUGUUUCUCAGCGCCUAUUCGUCAAUCGUCAACUCCCUCAUCUUCACCAGAAAUAGAAAUACAUUGUUCAGCACCAUGGAGUGGGUGGCAGACCUGGCCGACUGCACGUAUCGGCUGGCUGACAAUAAAGGCAAAGUAGCUAUGCAGCAGUCUGCUCUUCAAAGUCGGCUCUACACCAAAUUGUUUCUCUCGUAUGGUGCCACCGUGUAUGUGGCGGUGGGCACGGGCCUAUUACUGGAACAUCGUCACUAUUCCGACAUUCUGGACAUGACAAUAGGAGGUGCUGGUGAUCCUGGCAGCACCUGGCGUCAGGUGGUUGGGGCCAUUGGCUACAUCCAGAUGCCCAUCUUCGAAUACAACGCGUACAUUGGAUGCAUUGGCUUGUUCUUGACAAUCAGCUUGGUGUCGACCGUGACGCGGUCCCUCAUAACUGUGCAGGGGCAGAUCAACCGCGGUGUCGAGAGGGGCGACUGCGUGCCGUGGACGGCGCUGCAGAGUCAGGUGGUGCGGGCCGCCCGCGGCUCGGAGGAGGCGUUCGCCGACGUGCUCCCACACAUCUUGCUUUCGGCCUACAUUCUGCCGCUGCUCGCCACAGCUGACGUGGUGUUCAACGGCCCCGAGGCAGACCUGUUCGCGCUUGCGAUCUCACCGGUGGUGUUGGUGGUCCUGUGGCCACUAUGUGACCUCGGUGAUGGGUUGCUGGAGGCCCGCGAGCAGCUCUGCACAUCAGCUUACUCCGGACCCUGGCUCGAGGAGACGCCCUCGCAGACCCGGAGGCGCCUGCUCAUGAUGAGCUUCUCGUACGGGCGCCGGGGCCUCCUGCGCACCCGCGGCCUGGGUGGAGGCGUGCUCUCCCGGGAGGCCUUCGGCGACGGCUUGAUAAACUGGGUCAAAUUCCUCAACGGGAUCAUAAACUUAAAGACCCUUUCAAAAGAUUGAAUCUUUAGAACCUCGAACUGGCUGCUGAUCCUUCUUGACAUUAUAGUUUUCAGCCAAGGCACCUUUUAUUUAUUAAAACUUACACACUUACUGGAUUUGUAUCUUCUGUGUGUCCGAACCUAAGCAAUCAAUUGUUUUGCACACAUCUCUGCGUUCAUUUGAACACUUUUGAGCAUUCAUUUGUAGGAAAUCAUGCACUUUGUCGUAAUUUUUUUUGCAAAACGAAACGUAGGCUUAAAUUAAAUUAGUGUGAACAUUUGCACAAAAACGUUCAAAAACAUUUAGUUUGUAGUAUUUAGAGGUUUGGAACAGGGGUUCAUAACUGAUAGUUGAGCUUGUCUGGCCAGAGGGGGACUUCGGAGACUACAAUUUGACUGGUGAUGAUGGCAAAAAAAGGUAACAACCCCUCAAGUCAAUGCACCGUAAGUUUUAAGUCUCAAUCUAGAUUAAGGGGGGUUUAAAGUUUUCAAAUUAAUAGUCCUUUUGAUUCUGAUUCACGAAAACCUGAGGAUAGAAUUUGAAACUCAAUAAUGCUGGAGAAAUUAUGCGUGCAAACUGUUAAGUAAAACAGUCAUUUUUUUCUCUGCGCUUGAGUGUUUGGGGCCAAAAAUAUAGCUCCAUACCUACAAUCUAUUGUUGUUUCUUAGUCCCUUAGUUUCUUAGUUCCUUAGUUUCUUAGUUCCACUCACUUUGACCAUGGUCAUAUAUAGGUCAAAAACUAUAUUUAUCCAUUUAUAUGCCAAAAAUCAAUUUGAAAAUUUUAACCCCCCUGAAAAAGCCACUUUCGAUGAGAAUACUUUAAAUUAGUGUCCUUUUUUCCUGGUUUACAGAGCUAUUAAAUUUAUUGAAUUGGAAAAAGAUAGCCCUAAAACCAAUGAUAUACAACAAAAGAACUCUGAAACCUCUUUGUGAGGCGUAUAACACAAGGCACCUGGGAAAAUACCUGUCAGACUGCGAACCAGCAGAGGAAAGUAGCAAUAAGUCUAGAAUUAGGAAAAGGUCAUCUAGUCAAAGCAGCUCAGAAAGUAUUGCUCAGCCAAACAAAAGGCAUACAGAUGGCAGUGAUGAGAAUAGCGGUAGUCAGGGGGAAAUUGUUGAGUUCCCUUAGGCGUAGAAUUUAUAGCGCACUUAAGGUUUUUGUAACGAGAUUUGUAAUUGAUUAUUUAUCUACCAAAGUGUUUUUUCUUUGGAGCAUUAUGAAAUGUUUAUUUUAUUUUUGAAACCAAAAACAGUUACUGAUGUUUUUGUUUUUACAUUAUAGUUUCUAAUCGAAUGACCAAAGUAAUUUUUUGUAGGGUUUAUUCUACCGUAGGAUGUACAUUUUUUUUGUGUGUGUGCGAAAUUGUUUCAGAUACAGGUGUACUGUAUAUGUGUGCAUUUAUAGUUCCUAAUCCAAGUGACUUCAGUAAGUGAUUGUUCAGUUUACAAGAGGACAUAUUUUUGUAUGUACAAGUACAGGAUCUGAAUAAAGUUCAGAGUUAAUUU